AUGGAGAAAUCCACUGUGACUACCGGGCUUUGUUCGAAUUCGAUGCCAGAGCUAAGUGGGACUCCACAAUCGUCGUCCACUCCUACCAGAGCUGGACCAUCUGUUGGUACCUCACGGGCUCUGGGUAGGGUGCAACAACAGUCCCUGCCAGACCCAUCGUCGGCAUCGAAAAAGCGUCCUCGCCCACAGGAAGGAACUCCACCAGAGCUGAACGCUCACAAACGGUUGGACGUAAAGGAGACCCCAGAAAAUGUGGCAUCGGGGAAACCCACCUAUGCCCAGGCCCUGGUAGGAUCUUCUCUGGAGAUGGCGGUUGUACAUUCCGUCGGCCAGGACAGUUUGUCCGAAAUAUCGCAUGACUUGUUCACGCAGAUAUUGAAGACAUUAAACGUCAUCAUGGUCGAGGAUGUACGAGCCGGCUCCCAGGCACCAACGUUUGAGAGUACCACCCGCACUCGUGGAGUUGUCAAGAUUGUGUGUGAUGACAAGCGCUCCAGUGAAUGGUUAAUGGGCGUGGCUGGAAGACUAGCUACCAAGCUGGAACUUCCUCUUAUUGUCUGUGAAUUCAGUAAGAUACCACGCCCUCCGCUGUUCACUGGUUUCUUUAAGCAGCUUGAGCAUUGGGAAGAUGCGGAGAUCUUGCUGAAAUCAGCAAAUCCCCUACUCGCACCAAUCUCAUUCAAACUCUUAAAUUCGAAAAAGGAGGCAAAUGGCACUCAGUUCACUGUUAGUGUCAGGCCUCGGGACCGGGCCAUUCUCCUCGAGAAAGGCCCAGAGUUCAAGGUGGGAAUGGGUAAAACUCGCCUAUAUGAAAUCACUCGUUCCAAAAAAUCAGACCCUGCUGAAAAGAAAGGGACUGACCACAUGGACGAGGUAGUUAUUUCAUCGGAAUCUGAUUCUGAAUCUGGUUCUGAAAUAAAUACAGAAGCGACGGAUGACCUGGAAGCAAAAUGUGACGAUUCAUAUCGGAACGUUGAUGUGACUGUGGUUGAACGACAAUAUUCUGACACUUAUAUGGAUGAGUUAUCUGAAGAGGGCGGACAGGAACAAGUAGAGAUGUCUACAGAGACUGCUGCCCUAUCGGACACCGCAUCCAACACUUCACAUGGCCCAGAAGCCAUGGAUACUGGGGGAGUUGCGGACGAGCAACGGGAAUCCAGAGGCAUCGACUGA